AUGCUCCUCAGUCUGGGGAUGUGGGGACAAGGAGCGAACGGAAAAGGGAAUGGCCGGGGUAAGAAAGAAGUCUCUGGAGCUGGAGUUUUCAAUCUUGGUCAAGACAGAGACAUGUGGAGACCAUUGAUUCACUUAACAGUUAACCUCAGUGACAUCACCAGUAUAAAGUCAGUAUUUCAACUCCGUACAUUUGACCCAGAAGGUACUGUUUUCUAUGGGGACACCAAAAAUGGAGAGGACUGGUUUGUAUUGUCCUUAAAAAAUGGGUUCCCAUUGAUGCAGAUUGGUAAAGCAGGCAUGCUGGUCAGUGCGACAGCAGGUCCUAAACUCAAUGAUGGCAAAUGGCACACUCUGGAAGUAAGCAACCAAGGAAAGUUUGUCGUUUUGAUAGUGGACGGGACACAGCCCCUGGUAGCUGGCCUGCAGCCCAUAACGAAAGAAGAGAUUCUUUCAGGCCCACUCCGACUGGCUGUGGGGGGGAUUAUGAUUAAUACAGAAAAGCUGCUUGUUCAGUUCAAGCCACAGAUGGAUGGCUGUGUGCGGGAGGGCACCUGGCUCAAUUUGAGUUCCCCCUGGGAGACAGAGGAAGAGGAGAUGUGGCCGUGCUAUGAAGACAUCAAACCAGGCAGCUACUUUACUGGAAAAGGCUUUGCUGUUUUUAAUUCUUCUGUUUUCCCCACACAAACAGAACAAGGAGUUUACAUUGAAUUAUGGGGAGAUUUUAAUAAGAUGGAGGGGACCAUUUUUAGUGUCAAAAGCCAGGGACAAGAGCCAAUAUUUUAUGUAAAGGCUGAUACAAGGACAAAGGAGGUUACACUCACAUUUGGUGCUGAUACAAUCAGCAUUAAACAAGUCUUCAGGAGGUUGAUGAUAACCUUUGAGGCUGGUGUACUGAGGGUGUAUGUGGAUGGAGUUGAGUCUGGAUCCAUAUCAGUGAGUGACAGCCACACAUGGGCCACAUCUUCCCUUGCAAUUGGAGGUCUCUUAGGUGAAGAAUACACUGGAACACGUUUUUUGACAGGAUGCCUUGAAAAGAUCCAGAUUCAAGGAAAGGCGUUGGAUAUGAAUUUAGCUGUCAAAAAGAUGUCAAUCUACUCCCAUAGUUGUCCUGCCUAG